CAGACGGCGUGACGUCAGCCGGGGUCGGUCAGCUGGCUCCUCCAUCCGAGCAGCAGAGAGAGCCUCUCCCAUAGGGAGACAUCACCAUCACCGCCCGAGCCCGGCCAGCUGCGUCGGCCCGCCCGCUGCGAGGCGGAUCGAACGUGGAGGAGGCGACAUAGUAGCGGAUCGGGCGUCGCCGGGGAUCGGGGGGCGUUAGAUAAUUUAUUUUAGCAAUUUAUUUAUUUAUUUAUUUCCCCUGCCAGCAAUGGCCGGGGUCCAUGGCUGCGGCUGCUGAAAGGCAGGUGCAGUAUCCUCGACGAAGGCAUCUGUCGUUCCCCGACAUGGGCUCGACGAGGGCCGGACCGCCGGCCGGCCCGCUCCACGCCCACUAGUCCCCGGAUCGGACGCUCUCUGCGGGGGGAGAAGAGCCGGAGCCGCGCGUGGAGGCGAUACAGCGGGCCGGGUGGCAGAGGCAGAGGCAGAGGCGGAAGGGGGGGGGGGGCUCCUUCCAUCAAAAUAUUAGAGGCAGUGAUUUCAAGGUUAACCACGGCGGCAUUUAACGUUCAGUGAAUCUGUUGCCACGGCAACAUGGCAUCGGCUAAUUGAUUUCUUUAUUCAAAGACUGUGAUUGAACGUCGUUUUAUGCGCUGAGCGGAAACCCAGAGACGGUCUCGCCUCGACGGGCCUGAAGAAGAAGAAGAAAAAAACAGUUUAGCGCAGCCUCCUCAUCUGGAAAAGAGAAGCCGGCUCCAGCUGCCAAGAUGAUGGAGCUGCAGAUAGACGAGGUGGUGUACCAGGACGACUACGGCUCCGGCUCCGUCAUGUCGGAGCGGGUGUCGGGCUUGGCCAACAGCAUCUACCGGGAGUUCGAGCGGCUGAUCCGCAGCUAUGACGAGGAGGUGGUGAAGGAGCUGAUGCCGCUGGUGGUGAACGUCCUGGAGAACCUGGACGGGGUGCUGACCGAGAACCAGGAGCACGAGGUGGAGCUGGAGCUGCUGAAGGAGGACAACGAGCAGCUCAUCACCCAGUACGAGCGCGAGAAGGCGCUGAGGAAGCAGGCGGAGGAGAAAUUCAUUGAAUUCGAGGAUGCGUUGGAAGCUGAGAAGAAGGACUUGCAGGUCCAGGUGGAGUUUCUGGAGCUGCAGGGGAAACAGCAGGAGCUCAAGACCAAGAACUACUCGGACCAGAUCACUCGGUUGGAGGAGCGAGAAUCGGACAUGAAGAAAGAGUACAACGCUCUGCACCAGCGCCACACUGAGAUGAUCCAGACGUACGUGGAACACAUAGAACGAUCCAAAAUGCAGCAAGCGGGCAGCAACAGCCAAUCAGAAACCCCCGGCUGUGGACGAACUCAACGCCACACAUGGAGGAGAAGCAGCAAAGCGGAGCGCCCUCCUUCACUGAGCCUGUACCCCAGCGGCGAGGGCAUGGUACGUGGGGGUCUCGGGGGGGCUAAGAUGAUGCCCGGGAAAGACAUCUGGCAGGUCAGCGAGCUCGGACGGUCCACCUUCUGCUCUGCCCAUCAGGAGGACGGAUCAGAGUCCGACUCUGUGGCGGCCACGCCCAGCAGCGCGGGAAGCAAGUCCAACACGCCCACCUCCUCCGUCCCCUCCGCCACCGUCACCCCCAUCAACGAGGGCUUCCUGCCGCAAUCCGAGUUUGACGCCAUGCGGGCCGGGAACCGCAGGAAAAGUGCCAAGAGGCUCAGCCGGAAUAUGGAGGUGCAGGUGUCCCAGGAAACCAGGAAUGUCAGCAUCGGCAUGGGAAGCAGCGACGAGUGGUCCGAGUUCCAGGAGAUCAUUGAUUCCACCCCGGAGCUGGACAUGUGUGUGGACCCCCGAGUGUACGGAGGAGGCAACAGCCCCUCACAGGGCAUAGUGAACGAGGCCUUCGGCAUCAACACCGACUCUCUCUACCACGAGAUCAAAGACGCCAAGUCGGACAUCAUCGGCGAUGUAGACGCGGGUGCCGAGCUGCUAGGGGAGUUCUCAGUUCGUGAUGAUUUCUUCGGGAUGGGCAAAGAGGUGGAGAACCUUCUGACGGAGAACAAACAGCUCCUGGAGACAAAAAACGCUCUCAACAUUGUGAAAAAUGACCUCAUUGCCAAAGUGGACGAGCUGUCGGGGGAUCAGGAGGUGCUGAGGGAGGAGGUGGAGGCCCUGAGGCAAUCCAAGAACAAGGUGGACGCCAGAGUCAAGGAGCUGGAAGAAGAACUCAAGAGGUUAAGAGCAGAGGCUCUGGGGAUGUCCCGGGACUCCAAGGACGAAGGAGGUGAUGAUUUUUCAUCGCCCAUGCAGGACGGCGACAUGACCAUGACGCAGCGGCGGCGGUUCACCCGGGUGGAGAUGGCCCGCGUGCUGAUGGAGAGGAAUCAGUACAAAGAGAGGCUGAUGGAGCUGCAGGAGGCCGUGCGGUGGACGGAGAUGAUCAGGGCGUCCAGGGAGAAUCCUCAAAUCUCAGAGAAAAAGAAGUCCACCAUCUGGCAAUUCUUCGCGCGUCUCUUCAGCACGUCGUCCAGCCCUCCGCCCGUGAAGCGGCCGUACUACAGCGUCAACAUCCACUACAAGUCGCCCUCCCCCGCCGGUUUCUCCCAGCGACGCAGCCACACCAUGUGUCAGAUCUCCACCUCCAACCGCACGCUGGAGUUCUUCCCCGAAGAACUGGCCAGUAACAGUGUUGCGUCUCUCCUCAGUGACUCGGCACUGUUGGCCCGCCGAGAGCAGCGGCGCGAGCAGUACCGGCAGGUCCGCGAGCACAUGCGCCGCGAUGACGGCAUCAUGCAGGCCUGUGGCUGGAGUGUGCCAUCUCGCUUCAAACCGCCCGGAGGUCAGACCGACAGCGCUCAGGAGUCUCCGCUGAAGAGGCCACAGACCACUGUCGAGAAAGAGGACAACCGCAUGAAGAACGUCCCGGUGCCGGUGUACUGCCGUCCUCUGGUGGAGAAGGACCCCAACAGGAAGUUGUGGUGUGCAGCGGGGGUGGACCUGACGGGGUGGAGGGCCAGCAGCCAGGAGUCGCUGGCAGCCAAAGCGGCGUCGGGCGGCAGCGACCCGCUGCACGCCGAGGAGAACGCAGCCGGCAAGAAGAGCAGCCACGGCUCGCCGGAGAAGAGGAAGUCAAAGGAGCUGCAGGAGACGGACACCAUGAACAGCCGAGUGUGGAUCCUCACCAGCACCCACUCGGCCAGCAAGGUGGUCAUCAUCGAUGCCAACCAGCCGGGCUCGCUGGUCGACCAGUUCAACGUCUGCAACGCCCACGUGCUCUGCAUCUCCAGUGUCCCAGCCGCCAGCGAGAGCGACUACCCGGCGGGAGAGAUCGUGCUGGACCCCGGCGACGGGGGAGGAGCGGGAGGCGGCGGCGGAGGCGGCGGCGGAGGCGGCGACGACGGCGGCGGCGGCGUGGAGGGCAUGCUGGCCGGCAUCACCCUCGUCGGCUGCGCCACCAACUGCAGCGUCGCCCGCAGCAACUGCUCCUCGCGCACCGACACGCCCAUCCUGGACAAAGGUCAAGCUCCCAGCGCCCCCGUCAUGAACGGGAAGAUCCACCCGGCCCAGUCGGCCGAGGAGGCCACCGAGGCCACCGAGGUGCCCGAGUCCACGGCCGAGCUGAGGUCCGGACCCCCGGGACCCUGCACGGAGCACGUGUUCACCGACCCCCAGCCUCGUCUGUCCGACGCUUCCGACAGAAGCGCCGGUCAGUCCAAAGAGGAAACCUCUCAGCCCGCCGAGUCGGAGGACGGAGGUGAGGAGAGCAAGAACUACACCAGCGUGGCCCCCACCAUGUGGCUCGGCGCCCAGAACGGCUGGCUCUACGUCCACUCGGCGGUCGGGAACUGGAAGAAGUGCCUCCACUCCAUCAAACUCAAAGACUCGGUGCUCAGUCUGGUACACGUGAAAGGCCGCGUGCUGGUCGCCCUCGCCGACGGGACGCUCGCCAUAUUCCACAGGUCGGAGGGUAAGCCCACUCAUGGCCAGUGGGAUUUGUCCAACUACCACCUCAUGGACCUGGGCCGCCCCCACCACUCCAUCCGCUGCAUGGCGGUCGUGCACGACAAGGUCUGGUGCGGCUACAAGAACAAGAUCCACGUCAUCCAGCCCAAGAGCAUGCAGAUCGAGAAGUCCUUCGACGCCCACCCCCGCCGGGAGAGUCAGGUGCGGCAGCUGGCGUGGAUCGGGGACGGCGUGUGGGUGUCGAUCCGGCUGGACUCCACCCUGCGCCUCUACCACGCGCACACCCACCAGCACCUCCAGGACGUGGACAUUGAGCCCUACGUCAGCAAGAUGCUGGGCACCGGCAAGCUGGGCUUCUCCUUCGUGAGAAUCACCGCCCUGCUGAUCGGCGGGAACCGGUUGUGGGUGGGAACCGGGAACGGCGUGAUCAUCUCCAUCCCGCUGACAGAGACAGUGGUCCUUCACCGGGGACAGCUCCUUGGUUUGAGGGCCAACAAGGUGUCCCCCACGUCGUCCAGCGGAGUGAUCCAUGUGUACGGGGACGACGGCUCUGAGAAGAGCACCGGCAGCUUCAUCCCUUACUGCUCCAUGGCACAGGCCCAGCUCUGUUUCCAUGGACACCGCGACGCCGUCAAGUUCUUUGUCUCCGUACCCGGCAACGUUCUGGCCACGUUGAACGGCAGCGUGCUGGACAGUCCGUCGGAGGGUCAGGGGUCAACAGCGGCCCAAGAGACGGAGGCCCAGAGCGUUCACAACGUGCUGGUGCUGAGUGGAGGAGAGGGCUACAUCGACUUCCGUAUAGGAGACGGAGAGGACGACGAGACGGAGGAAGGAGACGGCGGUGGGACCUCACAGGUCAAACCCGCGUUGUGUAAAGCCGAGCGAAGCCAUAUCAUCGUCUGGCAGGUGUCGUACAUCCCCGAGUGACCCCCCCCCCUCCGGCCCCCCCUGGAUCUGCUUCAACGCCCGCUCACCUCCUUAAAGAAAUCUCUUCCUGCCCCCUAAAGCUUCCAGCCAAACCUUGUAAUUAUCCCUGGUCCUGUAAAAGUUCCCCCCCCCCCCCAUGGCUCUAAAAACGACCCCUCAAAGCCGCGUACUGUCCCGUGUGACUAUUAUACCCCCCCUCCCCCCCGCCCCGUCACCGUGUAACUUUAAUGCCUUGUAAGUACCUCCUCUGAUCUAGUAUCUGCCUGCCAUCCUGUCUCUGUCCCCUCCAGGGUCGUUGUAACCCGGCCUCAUAACUACCUCCCUCCUCUGUGUGGCUCCUAUAUUCACCCUGUGAGCGCACUGUGUCUCCUCCUCUAUUUACCUCCACAGUCCUGCAUCCGCCCCCCCCCCCCCCCCCCCCCCAGUUACUCCUCUUCUUCCUCCACUUAGUUUGUCAGCCGCGAAGCCUCCUCCACCUCCUGUUAUACUGCAAAGGCCAGGGGCCGCAUCAUUACCAAUAACUAAAAGAAAGAAAAGACAAGGUACAGAAAUAGGAAUGAAAACGCUGACUUGCAUUUCCACCAGGAAUCCAUUUUUUUCCCAACUUGCUGAUCAGCAUUCAUUGAUCGAUGGUGCCAUCGUAUCUUUGAGUGGGUUUUUGGGAUGAGGUGUCUACAGGUCGUGAGAGAGGAAAAACAACACCAAGGAUUUGACUUUCUAGCGUAUAGCAAACACUUUUGACAACAGCAGCAGCAUGCAAGGUCCAAAUAUCAUUUCAAACAGAAGUUUGGGCUUUUUUUUUUGGGCUGUUCCCCUAAAAUAUUUUGCAUCCAAUGUUCCUUAUUCAAAGAGGCUCGAUUUAAUGACUUUCUACCGUGACGAAACCCCCCCACCCCACCCCUCGUGGAGGAAGAGUUGACUUUGUGUUUUGGCAGACAGGAAGCAAAGAGUCCGGCUGCAGUGUGUGUGUGUGUGGGGGGGGGUGGGGGGGGUGGGGGUUCAGCGCUCCUCUCGCUCCUCCAUCAGAAAACGGACAACACGUGACGCGGAUGAGCAGCGGUGUGUUUUGUCGUUGUGUGUACAGGGAUUAUUUGUAAAGGUCCAGGCGCUCUGAAGCCCCUCCUCUUUGUUCAGUAUGACUCUCAU